CUCACUCGCUCUCUCUCCAUUGCGCGUUCCGCAUUUUAUUUUGUUUUCUUCUUCUUCUCUUCUCUUCUCUCUGUAUUUCAAUUUCUCGUGGUCUCUUUUCAUUUUUCUCGUAUGGCGGUUCCCGCGCAAACCAGCGCUACUGAUCAACCGAGCCUCUGGGACGCGGUGCUUCGGCACACUGAGCUGGCUCAGCAACGGAACUCCGACCCUAACCUGUGGGCCUCGGAGCUCGCCGCCAUGCUCCGAUCCUCCACCGUGAUCCUUCCUUCCGUGGAGCUCGCCCACCACCUCGUGUCUCAUUUCUUCUGGAAGAAUCACUGCCCCACCGCGUGGAAGUUUCUAGAAAGAGCCAUCUCUCUCAACAUCGUCCCUCCCUUGCUCCUCCUCGCUCUUCUCUCCGCCACGGUUGUUCCAAGCAGGCAACUCCAUCCAGUAGCUUACAGACUUUAUAUGGAACUCCUAAAGCGAAAUGCUUUUAUGCUCGCCUCUCAUAUCAAUUCCCCAAACUAUGAAAAGAUUAUGACAUCAAUUGAUGAAGUUCUUCUUCUCUCCCAAGUAUAUAACCGAAAGGAUUGUGAGCCUGGAGUUGUUCUAGUUGAGUUUGUCUUCUCAAUUGUUUGGCAGUUACUUGAAGCAUUACUAGAUGAUGAAGGAUUACUGGAUCAUGCAUCGGAGGAUAAUCCUAGAUGGCUAAGGAGGUCAGAUGAUAUGAAUAUUGGAAGUCCUGAUUGCUUCGCUGGAAAAAAAACUGAGCAAAGGGGGGAAUUGCAGAGAGAAAAUACAGCAAUGGCUAUUGAGAUCGUUGCAGAAUUUUUGCAAAACAAAAUUACUUCAAGGAUCCUUUCCUUAGUUCAUCAAAACAUGCCAUCUCAUUGGGGAUUUUUCAUUCGCCAAAUGCAUCUGCUUGUAUCAAACUCUUCAGUUUUGAGGAGCUCAAAACAUAUUACUCCGGAGGCCCUUUUGCUUUUAAUGGAAAAUAUCUAUAAAGGCAUAUCUCAUCAAAGCAAAACAACAUCUAAGGCUAAUGUGUUCAUGGUUGCUGGUUCUCAGAUCUGUUUUGCUGGUCAAUCUUUUGGUGAUAGUUGUUCUUUGCAAUGGCUUCCUAUUGAUCUUAUCCUUGAAGAUGCUUUGGGUGGAGCUAAUGUCUCAGCACUUAGUGCUAUUAAAAUUGUUACUGGUUUGGUGAAGGUUUUACAUGCUGUAAAUGGAAGUACUUGGCACAGUGCAUUUUUAGGUUUAUGGAUUGCAGCAUUGCGGUUGGUUCAAAGGGAGAGGGAUUCAACUGAAGGUCCUGUACCUCACCUUCAUACUUGCAUGUGUAUGUUAUUGAGCAUUAUAACCCUUGUGGUCGCUCAUAUUAUUGACGAAGAGGAAAGUUUGAUUGAGGAAGCUGAAUGUAGCCCUGCCAAUCAAAGAAAAGAUAAACCAACUUUGGGGAAGUGUCGUGGAGAAUUGAUUGCCAGCUUACAGCUAUUGGGUGAUUAUGAGUUCUUACUGACUCCACCUCAAUCUUUUCUUUCGGAAGCCAAUAAAGCUGCUGCCAAGGCUAUUAUGUUCUUAGCUGGAAACUCCGUUGGCAGUGAGGUCUUGGAGAGUAUAAGCGUGAAUGACUUACCGACAAAAUGCUCUGGCAACUUAUGGCAUCUAAUCGUUGAGGCUUGCAUUGCAAGAAACCUACUUGAUACAUCAGCUUAUUCUUGGCCUGGCUAUGUCAAUGCAUGCAGCAAUCAAAUUCCUUGUAGCACGUCUAGCCAGGUGGCUGGGUGGUCUUCAUUAAUGAAGGGAUCACAGCUAACUCCUGAAUUGGUUGAUGUACUAGUUGUAACUCCAGCUUCCAGCUUAGCAGAGAUUGAGAAAAUAUAUGAAAUUGCAACCAAUGGUUCAGACGAAGAGAAGAUAUCUGCUGCCACUAUCCUCUGUGGGGCAUCUUUAGUACGAGGAUGGAAUGUACAGGAGCACACCAUUCUUUUUAUGACAAGUUUGCUCUCACCUCUGGUUCCUCCAACUGAAAGCCAUUUGAUCAGCCAAGCUCAAUUUCUCAAUGUUCUUCUUAUUGGAAUUUCAUCACUAGAUUGUGUUCAUAUUUUCUCUCUUCAUGGUUUGGUUCCAUUACUUGCAGCAGGGUUAAUGCGAAUAUGUGAGGUUUUUGGAUCAUGUGUUCCCGAUGUCUCACAAACUCUUUCAACUGGAGAAGAACUCUCUUUUCAUGAGGUGUUCUCAAAUGCAUUCACUCUUUUGCUGAGGUUCUGGCGGUUUGAUGUUCCAUCUAUUGAACAUGUGCGGAGGGAUUCUGCUACUCCACCACUUGGGUCACUAUUUUGUCCUGAUUCCCUUUUAUUGGUUCGAAACUUUCUAUUGGCAUCUUUUGGAAGAUCAGCAAAGGAUCAAAUAACGCGCAAAAGAUUUUCAAAAUAUAUAACCUUUCCUACUGAACCAGUAUUUUUGGAUUCCUUUCCAAAAUUCAACUUCUGGUAUCAACAACAUCAGGAAUGCAUUGUUUCAAUCCCGUCUGGUCUUGUCCCUGGAGGGCCUGUGCAUCAGAUUGUUGAUGUUCUACUAUGCACGUUAUUUAGGAAGAUAAAUAGUUGUGAUGAACCUUUGGCAUGUAGCAAUUCAGGAAGCAGCGGUUCACCUGGGUCUGCACUGAAUGAAGCUAUCAUGAAACUAAAGGUACCUGCGUGGGAUAUACUUGAGGCCAUUCCGUUUGUGCUGGAUGCUGCUUUGACGGCUUGUGCUCAUGGAAGACUUUCUACACGUCAACUAGCUACAGGCCUCAAAGAUCUGGCUGAUUUUCUGCCAGCAUCUUUGGUUACAAUUGCAAGCUAUUUAUCAGCUGAAGUUAGACGCGGAAUAUGGAAGCCAGGUUUUAUGAAUGGAACUGAUUGGCCUAGCCCUGCUGCAAAUUUAUCCCUUGUUGAGCAGCAGAUAAAGAAAAUUUUAGCCACCACAGGUGUUGAUGUUCCAAGCCUUGCUGUAGAUGGGGACUUUCAAGCUACAUUGCCUUUGCCUUUGGCAGCUUUUGUAAGCCUCACAUUAACAUAUAAACUUGACAAAGACACUGGGCGGUUCCUUAGCCUGAUUGGCCCAGUUAUGAUUGCUCUUGCUUCUAGUUGCCCCUGGCCGUGCAUGCCCAUUGUAGCUUCUUUGUGGGUCCAGAAAGUGAAGCGUUGGAGUGAUUACCUUGUGCUCUCUGCUUCCAGAACAGUCUUCCACUGCAACAAGGAUGCUGUAGUUCAACUACUAAGAAGUUGCUUCAAAUCCACACUUGGGCUUGGCUCUGCCUGUUUACAUAAUAAUGGUGGUGUUGGUGCUCUCCUUGGUCAUGGUUAUGGCGUUGGUGUCAAUUCCAAAACAUCUGACGGGGUCUCUCCGAUUGCUCCAGGAACUAUUUGCUUGAAAGUGUACCAGUAUAUUGGAGAUACCAGGUACUUGUCUGAAGAAAUUGUCUCUAUUCUAAUGCAAACAGUGAGAGAUAUAGUAAGUAAUCAGUUACUCAAGGGGGAUGGUAAGAAGCAGAAGAAAAUCAAGUAUGGAACGACACAUGGACAGGUUUCUCUUGCUAGAUCCAAGGCACGGGUCAAGCAUGCUGCUCUACUGGCAGCUUCAUUGGUUUGGAUAUCGGGUGGAAUAAAGUUGGUUCAAUAUUUCAUAAAAGAGACUAUUCCUAAAUGGUUCUUUUCUUCUAGUAUGUUGGAGCUGGAUGGUGAAGAAUCCAGUGCCUUGGUUGCUAUGCUUAGAGGUUAUGCAUUAGCACUUUUUGUCAUGCUCAGUGGGGCAUUUGCCUGGGGUAUUGACCAUUCACUUCUAUCAAGACAAAGAGGAAAGGUUAUGGGGCUGCAUUUUGAAUUCAUUGCAAGUGUCCUUCAGAAGAAUAUACCACUGCGUUGUCAGGAUGCUACUUGGCGAGCCUAUGUGUCAGGAUUUCUGAGCCUGAUUGUGAGUUGCACUCCAUUGUGGGUCAGCGAAAUCAAUGUCGAUAUAUUGAAGAGACUAAGCAAGGGAUUAAUACAGAUGAAUGAGCAUGAGUUGGCUCUUAGGCUUUUGGAGAAAGGAGGGAUUGGCGCCAUGGGUGCAGCAGCUGAAAUGAUUGUUGCAUUUCAACAUAGAUUUUAAAUCUCUUCAGAGCUGUGUUGUACUGUGGCAUAGAUAUUCAUUGAUUUGUUAACAAAUUUGGAUGUUAGUGUUACUUAGGUUACUGUC